GCUCUCCUCUUUGUUGUUGGUGAUGUCAUGAAAAUAUUGUUGUUGCUGCUGGAGGCUGCGGAGGAGACUCAGGGGUGGGAGACAGGCAGGGAGCUGCGGGUUUGAACGUCCAGAGGUGUCGAUCGAAGCGAACAUUUCACCUUUUUUGUUUUCUUUUCGACUUUGAAGCAGCUGCGUGUCGCGUGGAAAGUGGCCAUGUCGGUGAAUAUGGACGAACUGAGACAUCAAGUCAUGAUUAACCAGUUUGUUUUGACGGCUGGCUGCGCCGCCGAUCAGGCGAAGCAGCUCCUACAAGCGGCCCACUGGCAGUUUGAGACGGCCUUAAGCUCGUUCUUCCAGGAGGCCAACAUCCCCAGUCACCACCACCAGAUGAUGUGCACUCCCAGAAACACUCCGGCCACGCCGCCCAACUUCCCAGACGCCAUCACCAUGUUCUCCAAGCUGCGGGCCUCAGAGUGCGGCUCCAGCGGCGGCAGCGGCCCCUCCCAGGCGUCCGUGGCCUGCUCGCCCCCGGCCCCCUCCUCCACGCCGGGUUUCGGCUCCUUCUGGGCCUCCUCGCCGCCCAGCCACCAGCCGGCCUGGCUGCCCCCAUCGUCGCCCACCAGCCACCACAUGCACCACCACUACCACCACCACAUGCAACAGACUCCCAUGUGGCCCCCCGUUUCUCAGCCCAGCGGCUCCCAGCAGCCCCCCGUCGUAUCAGCACUCCACGGCCAGAGAUGAGACUGAGUGGCGGGGGGG